AUGUCGUCCUCCCAACUUGUCAUCACCUCCUACGAUAUCUACCAUGGCCUUCCAACUUUCGAACAGGAAGGUCUUACUGCCAUAGUAACGGGAGCAAACGGAGUCUCUGGUGUCUACAUGCUUGAGAUCCUUGCUCGACACCCUCAACGCUGGAAGAAGAUAUACGCAUUGUCGAGACGUCCUCCUCCCGGUAGCUUGCCAGAAAUUGUCCAACACAUCCCCUGCGACUUUUUGGCUUCUCCCGAAGCUAUUGCGACUGUUCUGAGAGAAAACAAUGUUGAAGCGGACUAUGCGUUUUUCUUUGCAUACAUCCAGCCAGCUCCCAAGCAAGGGCAGAGCAUCUGGGCGAAUGUGCAAGAACUGGUGUCUGUCAACAAAUCACUGCUCUCGAACUUUCUAGAUGCCUUGACGAUUACCGUAAUCAUUCCCAAAGCCGUGUUGCUGCAGUUGGGAGCAAAGUACUAUGGUCUUCAUCUUGGACCUGGCUCUCCUNNCCCCUACCAAGAAACUCAUCCUCGAGUCAACCUCGAACCAAACUUCUACUACAUCCAAGAAGACAUCUUGNNGAAGCAAUGGGCAGAAGACAACAACUCAACCUGGAUCACCACACGACCUUCACACAUCCCCGGUGCUGUUGCUGACAACGCGAUGAAUUUGGUUCUGCCUUUGGGAAUCUAUGCAACCGUACAAAAGCACCUCAACAGACCUUUGGAAUUCCCUUCUGAUCUUGCGGCGUGGGAGAAUACAGUAGCCAUCUCUUCGGCGAGGAUGAAUGCACAUCUUGCCGAAUGGGCUGUGUUGACUGCCGCUGCGAGAAACCAAUCCUUCAAUGCCUGCGACGAUAGUGCGUUUACUUGGGCGCAAUUGUGGCCAGGUCUGGCUGCCAGAUUCGAUAUGCAGUGGAAAGGACCAGACCUUACAGCAGAUUACAAAGAAGUCGAGAUGCCGUAUAAGACUCCACCACGUGGAUGGGGUCCUUCUGCGUCCAUGAAGUACAAAUUCACGCUUGUGGAGUGGGCAAAGCAGCAAGAGGUCCAAGAAACGUGGAAACAGAUUGCCAAAACUCACGAUUUGAGAUUAAAAGAGUUCAACGAUAUCGAUCGUGUGUUUGGCUUUACAGAUGCCGCGUUGGGAUGGUCGUUCCCAAUCCAUUAUAGGUAUGUUUUCGCUUUUGCCAGACCGUGUGCUACCCUUGCUGACUUUUUUUCGUGUGUGUGUAANAGUAUGACCAAAGCCAAGGAGAUGGGAUAUUUUGGCUAUGUGGACUCGACCAAGUCGAUCAUCAGAACGGUCGAAGAAUUUGCAGACCUGAAGAUGAUUCCUGGUUUGCCAGUAGUGUGA